AAGGGGACGAUGCGAUACAUCCACGAGAAGUGUCUCGACACGUGGAGAAGGAUGAGCUUCAACGCCUCCUCUCACGUCCAGUGCGACCAGUGCUUCUACGCCUACCGCGUCGAGCGCCGGGGCCUCGCCAACUUUGUGCGACGUCGGGGGGUGGUGGAGGUGGUGUCCUUCUCGCUGUUUCUGCUGGGGGUAUUCCUGACGGGCUUCGUGGUCAAGUGGGGAAAGUUGGCGUGGGAGCUGCCGCUGGCUGAUGGCGGCAAGUCGACGGGGCUGGCGGACAUGUACGCCAUCGACCGGCAGCACUUCAUCCUGGGCUGCACAGGGGUGGGGGUCCUGGGCUUCUCGACGCUGGUCAUCCUCCUCCCCAUGCGAGGCUUCGGCUUCAUCGGGUACCACCCGAACCUCUUCCGCGGGAACCCCAGGGGCGACAGCUCAGCCUCCCUCGUCCUCGGCAUCGUCGUGGUGGCAGGGAUGCUCCGAGCUCUGUUCCUCGCGUACAAGCUGACGCAGCACAUGGCAGCGAGCAUAGCAGAGAGGUCGGGAACUGUCAUCCUCCCAGCCGAUCACUCCCGGUCUCCCGGCAGGUGGCGGGGGAGGAGGAGAGGAGCCUGGCGGGGGUGAGGUCGGCGGGUUGUAUUGUAACUUGUACUAUCUGUUCGCAUAAAGCUUUUGCAAGCUU